UCAUUAGAUCGCUUUUCCUUGGAACAACAUUGCAAUGGCAGACAACAAUGUGUCUCAAUUCAUAGUAUUAUUUACUGCUCAAAAACAAAAAAAGUUUAAAACGUGGCAAGAUGGAACCAUGAAAUAUUACAGCAGCAAUAGAAAGCUUGUACUUAUUGAUGAGAAAGGCUACAAUAUCGACAGGUAUAAACAUCAGAUACCUAUCUGCAUAAUUUAAAGUAGAAAUACAAUAGACAUUCAACAUUGUAACUCGAUAGUAUAAAUUCAAUCAAUGAAAUAGAAAGUUUUGCAAAGGAAGUGCGCCAACUAUAGGUGAUGAACUUGAGUUUGAUCGGCAUCUUGUCACCAUUGAAUCACUCAAG